AUGCCGGUCUUUGAAUGUGCUUCUAUCACAAUGUCUGCUCAGGCCGUUCAGACCGAGCUGAAAUCCAAGAUUACCCAGCAAUGGAGGUUGACAGAGACGACGCUUGCAACGACACCACGUAAUAUAACAUCCAUCUUUCGAACAUGCGGCAUUCUGAGCGCGCGAGAGCUGGAAGUUACGGAAGUCGAAGACUCUACUGCACUGCUGAGCACGAUUCAUUCUAAGGAAUGGUCUGCUGUCGAAGUUGUGACGUCCUUUUGCAAGCGAGCAGCCAGUGCACAGCAGCUGGUCAAUCCCCUGGUGGAUAUCACCUUUGAUGAAGGGAUUCAACGAGCCAAAGAGCUGGAUGACUGUCUCCAGUCUAGUGGGGAAGUGGUAGGGCCCCUUCAUGGUUUGUUGAUAAGCUUCAAAGACCUUACAGACGUCGAAGGCAUGAAGAUAGCCACUGGAUUCGUCAGCCUGGCCAACAGAACAUCUGAUACCGAUGCUGUCGUUGUUCAGAGUCUUCGCGAAGCUGGCGCUGUGGUGUACUGUCCCGUUGGACGAAGUCUCUGGGAUAUUGAACUGAUAUUGCGUGUCUGGAAUGACUUUGAGCCGUGGCUAUAUGACCCAGUGGUCGUGGCAAAGCGUUGGGAUCCAGUACCUAUUCCGUGGAAGAUAGUUGUUGGCGUGAUGUACUGGGAUGAAGUCUUUAAGCACUACUAUCCCACUGGUGGCAAGAUGUUCAAGGACUUUCUGACUGAAAGCGGCGAACCUGCGAUCCCAUCCGUCGCCAAAAUCCUUGAUCGAGCCACUGAGCUCAGUGCCCCCGAGCUGACUCAGCUAUACAAGUAA